CGAGGCGAGCCACCCGAAUCCCCAUCUCGUCGCGGGGCAGCGAGCUCGUCGGCGUGCGGCGGCUGGUCCGGCGAGCGAGCGAUCACUAUGGGGUUCCACAGUAGGGAGGCGAGCUCGUCGUCGUCGCGGCUGGACGCGGCGCCGCUGCUGCCGCACCAUGGGCACGGCGGCGGCGCCGGCGGCGGGGGGCACCACCUGUCGUCGCAGCCCAAGACGUUCGCCAACUUGUUCAUCGCGGUGGUCGGGUCGGGCGUGCUGGGGCUCCCCUACACCUUCUCCCGCACCGGCUGGGUGGCCGGGUCGAUCCUUCUCCUCGCCGUGGCCGCGCUCACCUACCACUGCAUGAUGCUGCUCGUCGCCUGCCGCCGCCGCCUCGCCUACGACCACCCAAAGAUCGCCUCUUUCGGGGAUUUGGGCGCCGCCGUGUGCGGCGCUGCGGGGCGGCACGUCGUUGACGCCAUGCUCGUGCUCAGCCAGGCUAGCUUUUGUGUCGGCUACCUCAUCUUCAUCUCCAACACCAUGGCGCACCUUUGCCCGAUUGGGGAUUCGUCCCCCUCGUCGCCGCUCCUCACGGCGAAGGCGAUCUUCAUCUGGGUCAUGCUGCCGUUCCAGCUGGGGCUUAACUCCAUCAAGACGCUGACGCUCCUCGCGCCGCUCAGCAUCUUCGCCGACGUCGUCGAUCUCGGCGCCAUGGGCGUGGUCCUCGGCCAGGACGUGUCCUCCUGGCUCGCCAACAAGCCCCCCGUGUUCGCCUUCGCCGGACCCACGGAGCUCCUCUACGGCCUCGGCGUCGCCGUCUACGCCUUCGAGGGCAUCGGCAUGGUCCUCCCGCUGGAGGCCGAGGCCGCCGACAAGCGCAAGUUCGGUGGCACGCUCGCGCUGUCCAUGGCGUUCAUCGCCGUCAUGUACGGGCUGUUCGGCGCCAUGGGGUACCUCGCGUUCGGCGCGGCCACGCGGGACAUAAUCACCACCAACCUCGGCACCGGGUGGCUGUCCGUCGCCGUGCAGCUGGGGCUGUGCAUCAACCUCUUCUUCACCAUGCCGGUGAUGAUGAACCCAGUCUACGAGGUCGCCGAGCGUCUGCUCUGCCGCAAGCGCUUCGCCUGGUGGCUGCGCUGGAUCCUCGUCAUGGUCGUCGGGCUCAUGGCCAUGCUCGUGCCCAACUUCGCUGACUUCCUCUCGCUCGUCGGGAGCAGCGUCUGCGUCCUGCUCGGGUUCGUGCUGCCGGCGGCGUUCCACCUCAAGGUGUUUGGCGCCGAGACCGGGUGGACCGGGCUCACCGGUGACGUCGCUGUCAUCGUCGUCGGGACUGCGCUUGCGGUGUCCGGGACAUGGACAUCGCUCGCACAGAUCUUCAGUUCUUCCGAUUUGUAGACCAAUGCGCAGCAGGCAGCGCAGCUACUAGCUCAUUUGUACAUUGAAUUAAGCAAAUAGAGUCACCCAAUUCAGCUGGCAUAUUGAUCUGGGCAUGGUUCACGUGGUUAAAAUUGAAUACAGAUUAUACUUGCAUUGCCUUAUAACUGGCAUGCACCAA